GACCGCUACAUGAGCUUCAUAUCCAGACCGGCGGAGCUCCAGCUCACAGCUCCAUCAACUCAGGAGUUUUCUCUCCAUCUCCUCUCCAUCUUCUCUCCAUCUCCUCAGGUUUAUUUCCGCUCGGAGGAACACACCGCGCGGCGCUUUUCACAGCUCGGUUUCUUUGUACCGAGACCCGUGAUGGUGAAUAACUGAGUGUGUGUUCGGGAAGCGGCUGAGGAGGAAAGUUGCCUGGGAUCUCUGGGAAAAAUCCGAUCUCCUCUGCUGUCUGGAGUCUGAUUCCUCUGAGGAUAUCUCAUUACACACGGAUGCGUUUCAGACCAACUGAAGAUUUCCGCGAGACACACAGGAAUAACUCUCUCUCUCUCUCUCUCUCUCUCUCUCUCUCUCUCUCUCUCUGAGAUGUUGGAUAAGUUGGUAAACUGGACGCACGCGCUGGGAUUCAUUUACAUUUGCAUAUGAUCAACCGGAUCUGGUGACGUCACAGCGACAUAACAAACACAUCAAGAAACAAUAAAAGUGUACCUGCAUACUGAACUGCACUGAACCACGUGACCGCUCCUGCUUCCUGAUGAUGAUGAUGAUGAUGAAGUAAUUACUGUCAAUGAUCAGUUCAUCAUAGUUAUAAAAUUGUGAUGGAGAAUAUUACACUGACUGACUGUAAGGAAGUCCCGCUCUUUUGGAUUUAACACACACACACACACACACACACUCACACACACACACACACUCACACACACUCACACACACGUUUACAGUGAAGGAUACGCAGACAGAAGCACAAGAUGAUGAGACUAACGUGUGUUUUACUGCUUCUGCAUUUCCACUACGGAGCUGCUCAAGUUUGAACCAGAAACCAUGAAAAGUGACCUGGUAUCUCAGAUCAAAACCUGGCAUUGCUCAGACCUUCUGGAGAAGAUCUCACUCCUGAUGAUCUGUCUUUGGGUUCCUGAGCCCUGGAGUCCAUGAACCAUGCUAGAAGCAUCCUGAUAGUGGAGAGAGCAGAUCUUUCUUCCAACUGGCCUUGAUGUUGAGGAGAUGACGUUCCCCCGUACUUUAAGACAGAACCGGUGCGUUCUCAGCUCCACCUGGAGGGGAACCGGUUGGUCCUCACCUGCAUGGCAGAAGGUAGCUGGCCACUCGAGUUCAGAUGGAUUCACAACACCACUGAGCUCAUGCCGUUCUCCUUGGAGUACAGGUAUCUAAUCCCCUCUCUGGAUCGGACUCAUGCUGGUUUUUAUCGCUGCAUCGUGCGGAAUCGAGUUGGAGCUCUGCUGCAGCGCAGGACAGAGGUGCAGGUGGCCUUUAUGGGCACCUUUAAUGACACUGUCAGAUCUGAGAGUGUGUCUCAGGGAGAUGCUGCCGUGAUUAAAGCGCCGCAGAUCCACAGCUUCCCUCAGCCGCAGGUCACGUGGUUCAGAGACGGCAGGAAGAUCCCUCCAAGCAGCCGCAUUGCCAUCACUCUGGACAACACACUGGUCAUCCUCUCGGCUGUGGCUCCAGAUGCUGGACGUUAUUAUGCUCAGGCUGUAAAUGACAAGAAUGGAGAGAAUAAGACGAGUCAGCCAAUCACACUCACUGUGGAGAAUAUCGGUGGUCCUGCAGACCCCAUCGCUCCAUCCAUUGUUUUCCCCCCUAGGAACACAAGUAUUGUUUCUGGAACUUCUGAGGUCACCAUGGAGUGUGUGGCCAAUGCCCGGCCGUUAAUAAAGCUGAGUAUAAGCUGGAGGCGGGACGGUGUUCCUGUCCACUCGGGUCUGAGUGACUUUAAUCGCAGGUUGACGAUCCUCAGUCCCACCAUCGCUGAAUCUGGGUUUUACGAAUGUGAGGUGGAGCUACGGAGCAGCAGCGUUCCGUCUGUUAGCGCUGGAGCGUUUCUGCAUGUGUUGGAGCCUCCACAGUUUGUGAAGGAACCAGAGAAGCACAUCACUGCUGAGAUGGAGAAGGUGGUGGACAUUCCUUGCCAGGCAAAAGGUGUUCCCCAACCUGAUAUUGUGUGGUAUAAGGACGCGGUUCCCAUCAGUCCUCUGAAGAACCCUCGUUAUCACGUCCUGGCUGGAGGAAGUCUACAGAUUAACGGCCUUCUGCCUGAUGAUACUGGAAUGUUCCAGUGUUUUGCUCGCAAUUCUGCUGGAGAAGUGCAAACCAACACCUACCUUGCUGUCACAAGUAUUGCACCGAACAUCACUGCAGGUCCAUCAGACAGCACUGUGAUUGAUGGGAUGUCAGUUAUUUUGCAUUGUGAGACAGCUGGAGCUCCUCGGCCUGCUAUCACUUGGCAGAAAGGUGAGGAUGUAUUAGCAAGUGGAUCAGUCCAGUUGCCACGCUUCACCCUGUUAGAAUCGGGCAGCCUUUUGAUAAGCCCCGCCCACCUGUCUGACUCGGGUAGAUACACCUGUACUGCAAGCAAUUCACGUGGCAUUGACCAGGCCUCAGCACACCUGGGGGUGUGGGCUCGUACCCGUAUCUCUACCCCACCUCAGGAUCAGAGUGUCAUUAAGGGCACUAAAGCCACCCUGAUCUGUGGAGUGUCUCAUGACCCCAGUGUUACAGUCAGGUUUGUGUGGGAGAAAGAUGGUCAGUUGAUUAACCCCAGGUCGUCACCCCGGUUAAGGUUGGACAUUAACGGUACGUUACACAUCUCUCAGACGUGGUCAGGUGACAUCGGAAGCUACACCUGCAGAGUGACCUCACAGGGAGGAAACGACUCUCACACUGCACACCUGAAAGUCAGGCAGCUGCCUCAUUCUCCUGAGAAUCCGAGUGUCAUAUUGAGCUCCGUGGAGAAGAGAGCCAUCAACCUGACGUGGGCAAAACCCUUUGAUGGAAACAGUCCACUAAUACGCUACAUGCUGGAAGUGUCUGAGAACAAUGCUCCAUGGACAGUUCUCAUGGCAGAUGUUGAUCCCAGCUCCACAGCACUGACAGUAAGUGAACUGACCCCAGCUCGGUCCUAUCAGUUUCGCCUGUGUGCUGAGAACAAUGUGGGGAGAGGAGCCUUCAGUCCUGAGACCAGACGAGUGUCUCUCCCAGAGGAGCCCCCCAGCGCACCCCCGCAGAAUGUCAUCGCCAGUGGCCGCACCAACUCGUCCAUCAUGAUCCAGUGGCAGCCUCCCCCUGAGAAUCAGCAGAAUGGAGCGCUCCGGGGAUACAUCAUACGUUACCGUUUAACUGGUCUCCCAGUGGACAUCCAGUACAAAAACAUCUCCAAUCCAGAGGUGACUAACCUGCUCCUGGAGGAUCUGAUCAUCUGGACCAACUAUGAGAUAGAAGUGGCAGCAUAUAAUGGUGCUGGACUCGGAGUCUACAGCCACAAAGUCACGGAGUGGACGCUGCAGGGAGUCCCGACUGUUGCUCCAGGUGAUGUUCAGGUAGAAGCUGUAAACUCCACCACCAUACGCCUCACCUGGACUGCACCCAACCCUCAGUUCAUCAACGGCAUCAACCAGGGAUACAAGCUUUUAGCCUGGCAGGCAGGGCAGGGGGAGGAGCUUAUAGUUGUUACGGUUCAGCCGAAUUUCCAGGAUGGUGUCCAUGUUGGCUUCAUCAGCGGCCUAAAGAAAUUUACAGAGUAUUUCACAUCAGUUCUGUGUUUCACCACACCAGGGGACGGACCACGAAGCCCCGCCCAGAGAAUCCGCACCCACGAAGAUACUCCCGGUGCUGUUGGUCAUCUGAGUUUUACUGAAAUUCUUGAUACAUCUUUGAAAGUCAGCUGGAGAGAACCACACGAGAAGAAUGGCAUCCUCACCGGAUACCGUAUCUCCUGGGAGGAGUUUAACCGGACGAACACACGGGUCACUCACUACCUGCCCAAUGUCACUCUGGAAUACCGCGUAACAGGACUCACAGCUUUAACCACCUACACCAUCGAGGUGGCGGCAAUGACGUCUAAAGGACAGGGACAGCGGUCAUCAUCUACCAUCUCAUCAGGGGUACCACCAGAACUUCCUGGUCCUCCAACUAACUUGGCUAUCUCCAACAUUGGCCCUCGGUCAGUUACACUGCAGUUCAAACCAGGUUAUGAUGGAAAGACCUCCAUCUCCCGCUGGCAGGUAGAAGCACAGAUCAGUGUAAUAGGAGAAAAUGAGGACUGGGUGAUGGUUCAUCAGCUGAUUAAUGAACCUCAUGCUCGCUCCAUGGAAGUACCUGCUCUCAAUCCCUACACCUUCUACAGAUUUCGUAUGCGUCAGGUGAACAUUGUGGGCACCAGCCCACCCAGCCAACCUUCUAGAAAGAUCCAGACCCUGCAGGCUCCACCUGACAUGGCUCCUCUGAACAUCACACUGCGCACAGCCAGUGAGACCAGCCUCUGGCUCCGAUGGGUGCCACUGCCAGAGUGGGAGUAUAAUGGAAAUCCAGAGUCUGUGGGUUAUAAAGUGCAGUAUAGUCGGAUUGGUCCUGAUGCUGAAGUCCUAACCCACAUGAUUCCUGACCGUCUGGAGAGAGAGUUUACCAUCGAGGAUUUAGAGGAAUGGACCGAAUAUGAGGUCAAAGUCCGAGCAAUUAAUGGCAUUGGAGCCGGACCAUGGAGUCAGCCUGUUCGAGGACGGACACGAGAAUCUGUGCCCUCCAGUGGUCCAUCUAAUGUCUCAGCUUUCUCCACAUCCUCGAGCAGUAUUCUGGUUCGCUGGUUUGAGGUUCCUGAUCCUGACAGAAAUGGGCUGAUCCUUGGAUACAAGGUGGUGUAUAAGGAGAAGGAUUCGGACUCUCCUCUUCAGUUCUGGACAGUAGAAGGAAACACCACUCACAGUGCUGAGUUAACAAACCUAGGGAAAUAUGUCCUGUAUGAGAUCCAGGUUUUAGCAUUCACACGUAUUGGAGAUGGUCUCCCAUCCUCUCCUUCCAUCCUGGAACGCACUCUUGAUGAUGUGCCUGGACCACCAGUGGGGAUUCUGUUUCCUGAGGUGCGAACCACUUCAGUCAGACUGAUCUGGCAAUCUCCUGCUCAGCCCAACGGCAUCAUCCUCGCCUAUCAGAUUACAUAUCGUCUAAAUACAUCUAAUAGCAACUCUGCGACAGUGGAUGUCCUGAACCCGAGCGCACGGCAGUACACUGUGAACUCACUGAAACCUGAAUCUGUGUACAUCUUCAGCAUCACAGCUCAGACACGUAAAGGCUGGGGGGAUGCUGCCGAAGCCCUGGUGGUCACCACAGAAAAGAGAGCACGACCCCAGCCUCCUCGCCAUCUUAUGGUGCCUCAGGAGAGCGUGCGAGCGCGAAGCGUACUGUUGUCAUGGGAACCAGGAAGCGAUGGUCUUUCUCCAGUCCGGUAUUACACGGUACAGAUCCGAGAACUUCCUGAUCAGAACUGGACUGUCCAGUCAGCAUCUGUGAAUCAUGAAGUGGUGCCAUACACCGUGGACAGACUGAAGCCCUUCACGUCAUAUCAGUUUCGAGUGAAGGCCACUAACGACAUCGGAGACAGUGACUACAGCCAGGAGAAUGACGCCAUCACCACUCUGCAGGAUGUUCCUGAUGAAGCUCCCAUCAUCCUCUCUGUUACUCCUCACACCACUACGUCUGUUCUGAUUCGCUGGCUGUCUCCAUCAGAGGAGAAGAUUAAUGGGAUUCUGCUCGGGUUCCGUGUUCGUUAUCGAGAGCUAGUUUACGAAAGAUUACGCAGUUUUAACAUCCAAAAACACUCCAGCUGGACCGAACUGACCUAUCCGUACAGCAUGAGGAACCUCAGUGACCCGUCCCUCAGCCAGUAUGAGCUGGACACUCUGAGCAAACACAAGCGUUAUGAAGUCAGAAUGAGUGUGUUUAAUGCGGUGGGAGAAGGACCAAUCAGCUCACCACAGGAAGUGUUUGUUGGAGAAGCAGUUCCCACGGCACCACCACAAAAUGUGGCCAUCCAAUCAGCUACUGCAACGCAGCUGGAUGUGACAUGGGACCCGCCCCCUUUGGACAGGCAAAAUGGAGACAUACAGGGCUAUAAGGUAUAUUUCUGGGAGUAUGAGCGCAAGAACGAAACUGAGAAGCUAAAGACCCUGUUUCUGCCUGAUGGAGGAGUGAAGCUGAAGAACCUGACCGGUUUUACCACCUACAUGAUCAGUGUGGCUCCGUUCAAUGCUGCCGGAGACGGACCACGCAGCCCGGCCAUCAGGGGGCGCACUCAACAAGCAGCACCCAGUGCGCCGAGUUUUAUCCACUUCAGUGAACUCACCACUACGUCGGUGAACGUGUCGUGGGCAGAACCGGCUUUCCCCAACGGGAUCAUCGACGGUUAUCGCCUGGUUUACGAGCCCUGCACCCCCAUCGAUGGUGUCAGUAAGAUAGUGACCGUAGAUGUGAAGGGAAAUGCUCCACUGUGGCUGAAAAUCAAAGACCUGGUCGAUGGAGUGACCUACAACUUCCGCAUCCGUGCCAAGACCUUCACCUAUGGACCAGAGGUGGAGGCAAAUAUCACCACAGGACCUGGAGAAGGUGCCCCAGGACCUCCAGGUGAACCAUUUAUCUCUCGUUAUGGCUCUGCCCUCACUAUACACUGGACCAGCGGAGAUCCUGGAAGAGCCCCUAUAUCACGAUACGUUAUAGAGGCCAGACCCUCAGAUGAAGGCCUGUGGGACAUUUUAAUUAAAGAUAUUCCAAAGGAAGUGACAUCAUACACAUUCAACAUGGAUAUCCUGAGACAGGGGGUGAGCUAUGACUUCCGAAUCAUCGGAGUGAACGACUACGGAUAUGGAUCUCCGAGCCAACCUUCUCCAUCUGUAUCAGCUCACAAGGUGGCUCCGUUCUAUGAGGAGUGGUGGUUCCUGGUGGUGAUGGCAUUGGUGGGUCUGAUCUUCAUCCUUCUGCUGGUCUUCAUCCUCAUCAUCAGAGGACAGAGCAAGAAAUACGCCAAGAAAGAGAUCGGAAACAGCCCUAACUGUACCAGCCUGACCCAUGGAGAAAUGGUGGGUUUGGAUGAGAGUCGAUUUCCUGCUCUGGAGCUGAAUAACCGCCGUCUGUCCGUCAAAACCUCCUUCAACCGGAAGAACGGCAUCUACACCAGGUCCCCUCCUAGGCCGAGUCCCGGCAGUCUGCACUAUUCCGACGAAGACAUAAACACAAAAUACAGCGACCUGAUUAAAGCAGAGAGCAGCAGCUUAACGGAGAAAAAAUCAGAGCUGUCUGAUUCACAGGGCAGUGAUAGUGAGUGUGAGGGUGACUCCACCCUUCAGAAUCAGACGCACUCCUUCGUUAAUCACUACAUCAGCGAUCCCACUUACUACAACUCGUGGCGUCGACAGCAGAAAGGAAUCUCCAGAGCUCCGCCCUUUGCCUUCAGCCAAACAGAACCAUCUGACCCCAUUCCUGCCGCUGUUCCGGAUUCCAUUCCAGCCACGCCCCCUAGCCCUGCCCACGCUGAGCCUCAGAGUCUCUUCAGACCCAAAGGCAGUCGGACUCCUACUCCGUCACAGCAAAGCUCCGCCCACUCCACUCUGUACCGCCCACCGAGCAGCUUGGCCCCAACAGCUACACCACGCCCACCCAGCAGCUUGGCUCCACCCACCACACCCCGUCCACCAAUCGCUGGCUUCUCCUCUUUUGUCUGAUUGACAAGUCACAGUGACUAGAGCUGUGUUAUAAUAAUUCUCCUCUUACCCAAACGUCAGUCGUUUUUAGGCACCACCCCCGACACUACAGUUCUAUUCCUAGACAAUCUUUUAUCCAAUAAGAGAAGUCUACAUGGAAUUCUUUUUUUAAAAUAUGGUUCUAUCCCAAACAGUAUCAUCUGAGGCUCUGUUCUAAACACAAAUAUUUGUAGUGUUCUUACUAGAACAUUUCAGUCUCUGUCCCAGCAGGACAAUUUACACUCACCAUCCACUUUAACUGGACACAUGUACAUCUGUUUAUUUAUGCAGCUGUCCAAUCAGCCAAUCAUCUGGCAGCAGCACAUCAUCCAUCAUGAUAAAGAAACAGGAAAGGAAAGCAUCUCAGCAGCACAAUUAAUGAAACCUUGAGUUGGAUGAGCUGAAGCUCACACCAGGUUCCUCACCUGUAGGCCUGAGACACAUCAGACAGACUCACCCACACUGGACAGCUGAAGAUGGCUUUUUCCAGUUCCUGUAUCUUCUCUGCAGUCUGAUCUGGUCAUUCUCCUCUUAUCUCUCUCCAACAAGAUGUUUCCACACAGAACUGUCUCUCACUCAGAGUUCAUAUUUCUCACACCAUUCUGUAUAAACUCUAGAGUCUGUUGUGUGAAAAUCCCAGCAGAGAUCAGCAGCUUCGGAGAAACUCAGACCAGCUCAUCUGAAACCACACCACAGUCUCAGUCUCAGAGAUCAGACUUUUCUUCAGUCUGAUGUUUGAUGUGAACAGUACUCUGCUGCUGCCACGUGAUUGGAGGCUGAUUAGAGAGCUGUGUGCAGGUGUCCCUAAUAAAGUGGACAGUGAGUGUAUGUAUACUUGCUGUUGCUAUUUGAAUGUCCGCUGUUCUCAGGCCCAUUGUUACAGCACCUCAUCAACAGUCCUAGAGUUCCUAUGGGAAUAUACUUCAAUGGAAAAUAUUUUUGUUAAAGUCUGAGUGAAAGUGAGAUGAGAACACAGCCGAGUCACUGUGUCUCUACUCCCUGAGACACUUCUGGAGGACUGGACAGCAC